AUGUCGUCGCUGCGUCUUCGGUUGAACGGAAGGAUUUGGCGAUGCAUAUGCGUUUUCAUGUUCCUGCUCAUUCUCGUCGAUGGUUUGUUCAUGGAUUCCCAAAAUCGACUUCUCGUCAACACGAAAUGGGGCUUGUUUCACGGCAAGUUGAGCAGGACAAUACGCGAUCGGACAGUCGCAAAUUUUCUCGGGAUACCGUACGCUCUGCCCCCAGUGGGCGAUUUGAGAUUUAGGAGCCCGCAACGAUGGAAUCAUACGUGGACGAAAAUUCGCAACGCUACAAACGAUGGACCAAAAUGCAUUCAAACUGACAUGAAAACCUCCAAAGUUAUCGGUAGCGAGGAUUGCCUUUAUUUGAACAUCUUCAUUCCCUACAUUUCAGACAACCAGCAGAAAGGCACGAAACUACCGGUUUUAGUCUUUGUGCAUGGGGGUUUUUAUAUGAUAGGAAGUAGCGAUAGCAAUUUGUAUGCGCCAGAUUAUUUGUUGGAACAGAAUAUAAUCCUCGUCACGUUGAAUUAUCGACUUUCUGUUUUAGGGUUUUUUAGCACAACGAACGAAGUCGCCCCAGGUAAUUACGGUCUUAAAGAUAUAAAAAUGGCUCUCGAAUGGAUACAAGAAAAUAUCCACAGCUUCGAAGGGAAUCCUGAAUCGGUGACCCUUAUGGGGCACAGUUCCGGUGCAGCGGCGACUCAUAUUCUUGCUCUCUCAGAGAAGACCAAAAGACUUUUUCACAGAUACAUUUUGCUAGGCAGUUCAAUUUUACAUGCAAGCAAUAUUCAUCCUCGAAGAAGAUAUAGACAAGUAGGUCUGAAAUUGGCAAAACUUGCCGGCUGCCGGUUGAAAAAAGAUGAUAACAUAAUUACACCGAAUGAAACACUCAUCUUCGAUCCGACUGCAGAAGACGUCUUGUAUCUGGGUUAUAAAGUGAAAAACGACGAAGAGAUAUUAAAAUGCAUGAGAACGAUCGAUGCGAAGAAAUUAGAAGCAAUGACGUAUUAUUUCUCUGUUUGGAGAUCACAUCCGUGGUGUAACUUUGGUCCUACAUUGGAGGAUAACUCGGAGGACGCCAUUGUAACUAUGCACCCAAUGAAAAUGAUAAAGGCCGGAAUGUUUCGCGAUAUACCGGCGAUAAUGCAAGUCACGAAGGACGAGGGUUUAGUGAAGACAAUCGAAUUAUUUACAAAUCCCGAGACCGAGGAUGAAUUAAUGAAGAAUUUCGAAGAAUAUUUGCCUUACUUCAUGGAGUGUCACGAAGUAAUUUCCAACACUAGUGUUUUCGCUUCCGCAAUAGAAGAUUUUUAUUUUAACGGAAAUGUGAUGUUGGGUCUUAUGCAUAAUAUUACAGAGAUGUUCAGUGAUUUUAUGACAUGGCCGGUGAUUCAAGCCUUACAAUAUCAGUCGAAACUAGGAAAUACUAGCAUUUACUUUUCCCUCUUCGCAUAUGAAGGCACAUUUUCGCACACCUUCUCUUCGGGCAUCCCGGUUUCUUAUGGUGUUUCGCAUGGCGAUGAAUUAAACUAUUUAUUUCCUAUAUUGAAUAAUAAAUACAAAAAUAUGCUAUUAUACAAUACGGGGAACGAUAUUACCAUGAUUAACAUCAUGACAGAGAUGUGGGCAAGUUUCGUGACAAAUGGAAUCCCAAAAGCACGGCUGAUCCCCGCAUGGCCUAACUACCGCGAUCAUCAUCAGUUCAUGAGAUUCGGGAUUGACAGAUUGCCGGAAACUGUGGUGCAAACCGAUUUCCUGUCUAACAGAAUGGAAUUUUGGGAGAAACUGAUGAUCAACGAAUCGGCGGAAUCGACGAACGACGUGUUUGUCAGCGAACCACCGGAAAACAUUACCGGUAACGCUAACGCAAUCGAUCAUAGGUUAACAGUUCAGCUUGCAUCAUUAGUGAUAAUUUUCAUUUAUAUGUGAACAAAAUUACGAUCUAUACUUGAAAAUAAGCUGUAAAACUGAUAUUAAGCAGUUAUUCCCACGCACCUUGUCACGCGUACGUUAUUUAAAUUUUUCCACUUGGACAGUUCAAACCAAUUAUACGUCAAAAUUGCUUGUGGUAUAAAUGCAAAGAGAAAAAUAUGCGAAUAUAAAUAGACAGCGUUUUAUACGUAAAUUAUGAAAAUAUUUAUUGUGAAAUAUACAUAUUCUACCUGUUAGUUGAUAAAAUAUUAUUUAAGAGCGCCAAACGUAGAUAUAAAUAUAGAGCAAAUAUGAAUUCAUCACAGAAAAAUAUGGAUAGAAUACAUAUGAUUCGUUUUUUUGUGGUUCAAGAUAUAUUUAAAGUUCGAUGCACUUUCCACGGAAGCUACUUUUAUCAGCGUCAGUAAAAAGUAACGAUGCUAAUAAACACGGAGCGAAGCUGUUUCGUUUACUACCUGACGCUUAUCUCUCUCGCGGUACGAGAACGAUACAGUUGUUAAUAGUAUCGAUAAAGUUUCUAAAGAUACAUAAAUAAAAAGUUCUGAAUUUGACUGUGUAAAUACAUGUUCAGGUGCA